CGUGUCAGCUGAUAACGCCUAGGUGACGUCAUUUCCGCUUCCGUGAUUACAACAAUAACAAGAAAAAAGGGCCGAGAAGGAGACGAAGACCUGACGACGCGUUCCACUAUUUUGAACAGAAAUCCCCACUAAAGGAAGUCCUCACCAACUGAUGAGGCUCCUUUAGAAGGGAAACCGUCCCCCUCACCCCGUGUACAGCAGUGCUUGUUCAGGUUGCGAGGCGGCAUGGAAAGGAUUUGAGGGAGGUUCCUCCUCAGGUGACAUGGAGCCAGGGGCGGCAGAUAGCCCCGUCAUCCUGGUCAUCAAGUCCCCCAACCAGAAGUACCAGGACCAGACCAUCACCUGCUUCCUCAGCUGGACCGUGGAGAAGCUGAAGAGGCACAUUUCCGAUGUGUAUCCCAGCAAACCUCGCUUCAAGGACCAGCGCCUGGUGUACUCGGGAAAGCUCCUGCAGGACCACCUCCAGCUAAGAGAUGUGCUCCGACAGCAGCAGGAUGAGUACCACAUGCUACAUCUAGUGUGUAGCUCUCACACCCCGCCGGGGUCGCCUGCCCCUCAGAGGACCUCCACAGUCAACACCGCGGACGUCGGCAGUUCAGAAACCGCAAGCUCGUCAUCCGCUGCUGCAUCGCAUUCUGACAGUCCGCCGUCCUCCUCAUCUGGUCCAGGGGGCCAUGGCGGGCUGAGGCAUCGCGGCGGCUCGUCCCCGUUGAAUCCUCCUCAGAUGCCCGCCGGCGCCCCUCAGUGGCCUGACGGAGCUCAGGUGCCUUUGCAGGGCGGCCAGAUGUUCAUGCCCAUGCAGAUGUUGUGGUGGCAGCAGAUGUACGCGCAACACUACUACAUGCAGUAUCAAGCAGCGGUGGCGGCCACCCAGCCCCCCGCCGCCCAGCCCCCCUCCGUGCAGCCGCCUCCCCCGCUACCCAACGAGGCCGUGCAGCCGCCACUGGGGCCCGCCCCGGUCGCCGCCAACCCCCUGCCGGAAAACCCGCCGCAGGCCAACGCCAACAUCCAGAUGAACGCGCAGGGCGGGGCUGUGCUAAACGACGACGAGCUGAACCGGGACUGGCUGGACUGGAUGUACACGCUGUCCCGGGCCAGUGUCCUGCUCAGCAUCGUCUACUUCUACUCCUCCUUCAGCCGCUUUGUCCUGGCGGUGGGCGCCAUGCUGCUGGUCUACUUGCACCAGGCUGGUUGGUUUCCCUUCAGGCCGCAGGAGCAGAACCUUCAAGGUGCGGAACAGGCUCCGGUUCCUCAGCAGGAAGCACAAAGGCAUCAGGACAUACAGGAAAUGGAGCGUCUGAUGGACGACGGCGCGGAAGAUGACGACAGCUCGGAGGAAGGAGUACAGGAGGACCCGACCCAGGCUGCCCUCGUCCUCCCAGAGCCCAGCUUGCUCGCCACCGCGUGCUCCUUCAUCAGCGGCUUCAUUACCUCGCUCAUCCCCGAAGGACGAGCACAAGCGGCCAACUAGACAUGCCCCCUCCCUCCUCCUCGCCCCUGGUUAGUCCUUCACACGACGCCUCAACCACCUAAUGCUAAACCAACGUAUGUUUUAAUCACAGCAGUCAAAAGUAAACAUUAGAACGCUCAAAUGGUGAGGGAUUGUCUUCCAUGUCAAACUUUAAAGCAGGAUGAAGAAAGAAUAGAAAGCGAUGUCAGUGAUGACAAACUGUGCAUCAAGUUUGCUAUUUAAUGCUAAUCUAUAUUCUCAUGUAAGUAAAUCAUUCUCAAAUGUACAUUUUUUGGAAUAAAACUCUUUCUUCCUGUAA